UACAAUUGGAUGAUGUGAACGACGUGACAAAUACAUAUACUUUAGGCGCAGCAUAUACAAACACCAAGAAAAAUGAAAAUAUUUACAUUUCUACAUGUCGCAUUACAUUUUUACAUACAAAAUAUUUAUAUUUUUUAUUACAUUCCUUCCAUUUUUUGAGUGUAAGAAUUUUUAAAUAAUAUUCUGCGUCAAAAAUGAAGCAUGCGGGGAAUAAAUUUUGUCUGUUAAUGUACGUGACAAAAUUAAUGUCAAAUGUAUAAACUACAGAUUUAAAUCUUAAAAGAAUGUUCCUGUUACCGUUUCAUUAUGGCGCGCAGACUUACUGUAUCUUCGUUGAGGAGUAAAUUAUCGUGGUGCAUUUGCUAUGCCAUUGAGAUAAACUUUGACCAUAUUAUUGCUAUUGGUGAUAUACAAUGUGAUGCCAUCAUCACAUUGGCGUAACUGUUGCAAUAAUAUUUACAAUUGAUAUAAAUCUGAGGAAAUAAAAAAGAGGAACAAAUGCUGUCGGUCCCAUGGAAAAUGGCGACUCGAUAUCGUGUAUCGCAUGUAAUAUGAAACUCUUCGAUACAAUUCCAAACUUUGUGUAUGCGCCUUUUUUCGAUCAGUACGGCAAAAUUCACACUAAUCUUGAUAGGGUGAAAUCAGGUUAAUAAAUUUUCGCGAUUUUUCAUUAUUUGCCUUAUGUAGAUAUUAUGUUACGAAUAUUUUGAAUGAAAGUGAAUAAAUUUGAUUUAUCUUAUUAUUUUUCAUUUUUGAUGAUAUUACAGCCUCGGAGUUUAAGUUUCUUUAACAUCGACGCGUAAUAAUAUCACGUGUGUGUUCCAGAUAUGUUCAAAAUCUUAUCAUUCGUUUCUUACGAUAUAUACAAGAUAACACGCGAUAAGACCAAGAGGGUUACGAGCAAAUGCUCAUUAUAAAGAUUAUAAGCCACAGCGUCCGAGGUAAAAAUUAUACAUGGACAAAACUCUGCAGACGUAUAUAUUUUGUCAUCAUAUGUAUAGAUUUUGUAAAAGGACAAUAUUAUUACGAUUUUUAAUGGCGCCGAAUAAUGGCAAACCGCUAAAGUUGAACCUUUUUGCGGGAAUGUCAGACGACCCAGAAUAAGAUAAGGUCCGUAACAAUAUUGCUGGGCGAUAAUCUCAACAUUGAUAACGCUUAUAAAAGCGACACUGCAGAGACUUGGCUGCAGCAGUCGACUUCCGAGACUCAGACCGCAUGCUUCUGAAGUAGGACUUAGUAGAUUUGUAUUUUCCUCUUUCAUGAAUUAUUUCAGCAUUUUUUCAAAAGAAAUAAUAAGUUGUAUAAUAUUCUUAUACGAAGUUUGUGUCAUAAAAGAGAAAAUUUCCUAUGAGUCAGAAGUGAUUCUGCGGAAGUGACUCGUGUUACUAAUCGAUCGUAACGAAUAUAACACCGAAUCGAACGAAAUUCAUGGAAUCUGCUACAUAUAGUAAACAUGAGGUAGAGCAUGUAAAAAAUGCGCGUGUCUAACCCUGUUUUUGUUGCGACAGCUAUUAUAAAAAAAGUUGUGCACUUGACCGUUCAUGAUAAUAACAAUAAAGAUGCCUGAGAAGAGCGUACUAAGAUAUCUGAUAAGUAGAUACGAGAAAGCAAAUGCGAAUUAUCGACGGAAGAGUAAACGAGCGCAAAAUCGUAUAUUUAUAGCCGGUGGGAUCGGCGGUAUCUUUACAGUUUUGACUGGCCAUCCAUUAGAUACAGUUAAACUUCGGUUGCAAACGAUGCCAGAAAACUACAAAGGCACAUGGCAUGCGAUUAAAACAACCGUGUUGCAGGAAGGACCAUUUAGUUUGUACAAGGGUGUAAUGGCGCCCCUUAUAACGGUCGUACCGAUAUUCGCCAUUGGUUUCCUGGGAUAUGGAUACGGUAAAGACCUCGUUGCCGAUCCAGAUCAAACAAGACUUACCGCUGGGCAAGUUUUAUUCGCGGGUGUACUUAGCGGUAUCAGUACAACGGUCGUCACUGUUCCGGCGGAACGAAUCAAGUGUUUGUUGCAAUUCCAGGGGAACAUUGUUAAAUACCAUGGUUUUUUGGAUUGCGGGACGAAACUGUGGAAAGAGGGCGGCUUUCGUAAUCUGUACAUCGGUACCUGUGCUACAUUCCUCCGUGACGUUCCUGCCACAGGACUAUAUUUCUGCUCGUACGAGGAAAUCAUGCGAACUAUCACCAGUGAUUGCGACAAUAUAACAUGGCAGCCGUUAUUAGCGGGGGGUUGCGCGGGUUUAAUUAACUGGAUGGUUUCGAUGCCAUUCGACACAAUUAAAUCGAAGUUGCAGACGUCCAAAUUGGGAGAGCAUCGGCAUGGUGUGAGAUCAGUCUUUUCGAUGAUAGUGAAGAGCGAUGGACUGAUCGGCCUUUAUCGAGGAAUCGUGCCUGUCCUGAUCCGCGCGUUCCCCGCGAACGCCGCCUGUUUCUGGGGCUACGAAAUUAGCAUGGCUUGGUUAGAUAAAUACAUGCCUUGGCUUUGAAACUGUGAAGGUUCGACGAAGAUUGUUGUCCUUGCUGGCGAUCACAUACGUAGCACUAGUCCAAUUAAUAAUCUGAGGUGAAGCGAACCAACGAACAAUCGUCUCAACUCCCAAACAAUCGGCUAAAUUUGAAAUUAAAAAAUUAAAUGAACGGGGACUGAAGUGUGGAUGCUCUCCAGAUCUUCUUAAUGCUCGCAUUGGGUCAAAUUAUAUUUAUUUAGUUUUAUACAUUUGCAAAUACUUAUAGCGUAACAGUUAUAGGUAUUACCGUGCGAGUAAACGAGCAAGAAAUUCAGAGCUGUGCUUCUCUUGGCGUUUACGGUUCCCAGGCGCCACUUAUCACCAACGAUGAAACUAGACUAAACAUCUCAAUGCUAGAGGCGAAUAAUGUAAACAUUCAAUGUAAACAUUCAAGGUGUCCAAUUACAUAUAAGCAGAAAUCUUUUGCGAGACGGACAAAGACGGACACAAAGGUAUUCAACUAGAGGGCUCUAGAUUAUAUAGUACAGAAUAAUC